AUGUCAAAUACUCCUCCACCAGAAUAUCAAGACAUAGAAAAUGAAAAUUCAAUACAUGAUCAAAAUAUACAUGGUCAAGAUAAUCCAGUAUUUUUAACAGAUGAUAUUAAUGUUAAUAUAAAACAAUUUAAAAAAUAUGGAAAACGUAAAAAUAAAUUACAAGUAUCAUUUCGUAAAGAUAGUUCAGCAGUUGAAAUUAAUCCAUCCGAUGAUUCUUUACCAUCAAAUGAUGAUAAUAAUAAUAAUAAUAAUCAAAAUGAACAAUCAUCUUAUGAAGAAGUAGCUGCAAAUGUUUCGAAUACAGAUGAUCCAAAUAUGUCAGUUUUAACAUUUCGUUCAUGGUUUCUUGGAUUAAUAUUUACUUGUAUUCUUUCAUUUGUUAAUCAAUUUUUUUUCUAUAGAACAUCACCAUUAAGUGUUGGUGCUCUUGUUGCUCAAUUACUUUCACAUCCACUUGGUAAACUUAUGGCAAAAAUAUUACCACGUAGAAAAUUUAAAAUUUUUCGAUGGAAUUUUACAUUUAAUCCAGGUCCAUUUACUGUUAAAGAACAUUGUAUUAUAACAACAAUGGCUACUACUGCAACUGGUAUCGCUUAUGCAAUUGAUGUAAUUACUAUUCAACAAUUAUUUUAUAAACGAACAGUAAAUUUUGGUAUUGGCGUUAUUUUUGUUAUAACAUCACAAAUUAUAGGAUAUGGAAUGGCUGGUAUAAUGAGAAAAUUUCUUGUUUGGCCAGCAUCUAUGAUUUGGCCAGCAAAUCUUGUUUAUUGUGCACUUUUUCAAACUUUACAUAAUGAUAAAGAUACUGAAGAUGAUAAUGAAAGAUCACGUUGGACAAUGUCUCGUUUAAAAUUUUUCUGUUUAGGAUUUCUUUUUCAAUUUUUAUGGUAUUGGUUUCCUGGUUAUAUAUUUCCAGUUUUAUCAGUUUUUUCUUGGAUUUGUAUGAUUAAACCUGAUAAUAUUCUUCUUUCUCAAAUUACUGGUAUUUAUGGAUUAGGAAUUGGUUCAAUUGAAUUAGAUUGGAAUGCAUGGGUAUCAUUUCUUGGUUCACCUAUUGUUGUACCAUUUUGGGCUCAAGUUAAUAUUCUUGUUGGUUUUGUUGUCUUAGCAUGGAUAAUAACACCAAUUGCAUAUUAUAACAAUCUAUGGAAUUCAAAAGCUUUACCAAUUGUUAGUGUUCGAGUAUUUACUGAAGAUGGAGAUUUUUAUAAUGUUUCUGCUGUACUCAAUUCAAAUCUUCGUUUAAAUGAAACUGCCUAUAAACAAUAUGGUGAACUUCGAAUGACACCAAUGUUUGCUUUUUCUUAUGGUAUAUCGUUUGCUGGAAUUGCUGCAGUUAUUGUUCAUACCAUACUAUAUCAUGGUAAAACGAUUCUAAAACAAUUUCGAUCAUCUUUAAAAGAUAAUGCUGGAGAUAUUCACGCUAAACUUAUGUCUCAUUAUAAAGAAGCACCAGAAUGGUGGUAUACUAUUGUGUUUGCUGUGGCAUUUAUUUUAGCGGCAAUUGUUUGUCAUUAUGGUGAAUUAAUGCCAUGGUAUUAUCUUUUUCUUGCUGUUGCUAUUGCAUUUUUUUUUCUUUUACCGACGGGAAUCGUUCAAGCUGUAACAAAUCAAUCGAUUGGACUUAAUGUUAUUACUGAAUUCAUAAUUGGUGUAGCGAGGCCUGGUGAUCCAUUAGCAAAUGUUACAUUUAAAACAUAUGGAUAUAUUACUCAAUCUCAAGCAUUAUUUCUUAUAUCUGAUUUAAAAUUAGGUCAUUAUAUGAAAGUAAUAUUUAUAACUGUUUCUUAUGUUUCUUUUUUUUUU